AUGUUUAAAAAAAUUAAUAAAUAUGACAAAGAAUAUAAAAAAAAAAAUCACUUUAUUCAUAUAUGGAAGAAUUAUAAAACUACAUUUCAUUUAAACUGUAUACAUAAAUUUUUAAAUAACGAACUGAGUAAGAUUAAUAAAAAAUUACUAUAUAACAAAAAAAAUUUAGAAAAUAAUAUAAUCAUUAAAGUUGGAUAUAAUUCAUAUAAAGAGUUAUUUUCUUUAAAUAACAGUUUAGAAAAUAAUAUAGGAAUAUAUUUUAAGGUUAAAAAUAAAGAAGUGGAAAAUAGAAAUUAUUAUAAGGAAAAAACAGGAGAAAAAAAUACUUUAUCUAUUAAUGAGUUAAAAAAAAAAAGUAUUUUAAAUUUAAAUAGUAUUAAUAAUAUCAAUAAUACUUCAAAUAAAAUGAAUAAGAUAAAAUUUAGAAAUUUCACUAAUAUCCCAUUAUCAGCAAAAAAAGAUAAAAACAUAAAAUUUUCAAAACUAAAUCUUUGUGAAAUGUUAAAUUUCAUAAAUAAAAAUUUAUCAAAAGAAAGGGAUGAAAAAAUAUGGAAUAAUAUAUUCAUACAAAUAGAUAAACUAACUUCAAAAGAAUCUAAAAAUGAAGAAUAUAAAAGAGAACUAUACUCAUUUUUUGCAAAAUUAACUAAUAACGAUUACUAUAAUUUGUUAAAUAAUCUUAAAGAUUUAGAUGAAAAUACGAAAAAUAAUAUUUGUAAUAGUAUAUUUUUUGAAUGUUUUGCAUUAAGUUUGAAAAAUAGAGAUGUAACAUAUUCUUUUGAUAAUUAUGAUAGUGUUAAUGAAUUGAAGGAACAAUUUUAUGAUGUUAACGAAAAACAAGUAAAUGAAAAUGGGGAUAUCUCAAAUAGAAAAAAAAAAAAUGAAAGUAAAGUAAAAUAUUAUAUGAAAAAUAUCAAAAGUUUUUUAAAUUUAACAAGUACUAAAAAAAAUGCAAAAGAUAUUAAUUUAGAAAAUACAGAUAUAAUUAAUAAAAAUAAAUUAUCUGAUUCUAAAAAUGUUGAUGAAAAAAGAAUAGAUGAUAUAACAAAUUCGGUUGAAAAGAAAUUGGAUAAUAAUAAUAUACAAAAUAAUGAUAAUGAUGUUAAUAUAAAAAAUGUGAAAAAUGUAAAAAUGAUAAAAAAAUGGUUUCAUUUAUUAAAUUAUUUUUCUAGCAAAUCAGAAAAUAUGCUUAUAAUAAAAGAUUAUUUAAAUAAAAUAUUUAGAAAAAACAUUAAUGAAUUAAUACAUUUAAAUUAUUUUUCAAAAACAGUCCAUUAUUUAACAAAUCAAAUAAAUAGUAAAAGUAUUCAUGCAAUAAUAUUAGCAUACGAAAAAAAAUUAGAAUUUAUGAAACCGUAUGAUUUUAGUUACAGUUUAAUUAUUUUAUUAAGAUUUCUAAUAUUAAAUCAUAAUUUAUUUAAUAAUAUAAUUGAUGAUGCUAUAAUUGAUCCAUUAAACAAAUUUAAAAAUGAAAAAUAUUUUAUCCGUUUUAUAAAAAGUGUUGAUAAUUAUCCCCUAAUAUAUCCAUCUAAUUUAGAUUAUAAUAAUUCUGAAUUUUUUCAAGGAAAUAUGAACGAUUUAUAUAAUUUCACAUUUUCAAUUUUUAUAAGAAAAUUAAGCAUAAAAUUGAAAUAUUAUUCUUUAAACAAUUUGUUAUUUUUAUCAGAAUGCUUAAGUAAAGUUAUUUUUAUGUCAACUUCUCAAAAUCAAACAUUGCAUAUAUUUAUAAAUAAAUUAAGAUACUACAUUGAUCAACAUAUUAAUUUACAAACAGUUGAUAAUUAUAUGUUAAUACGACUUUUUAAAAUAUCAUCUUUUUUCUCAUUUGUACCUGAAAUGGAAGUUUAUAUAAAUAAUUCUCAUAAAAAUGUUAGAAUUAAAAGAAAUUUUAUUUCAAAUCAAAAAACAGUUAAAUUAUUAGAAGAUGGAAACUCUUUAAAAAAUAAAGAAAAUCGUGAAGGGGAUACAAAACACAUAUUAAAUAAAAGUUAUCCUUAUAACGAAAAUGAAAAAAAAGAAAAUUUGGAAUUUAGUGAAGAUAUGGAAGUAGAUAAUAUUAGUAGUAAUAUUAAUAAAAAUGUAGAACAAAUAAAAAAAAAUUAUAUCAAUAUAAAUGAAACAAUGAAUACAAAUAAUAACAUUGAUCAACUUAUGCAAAAUUGUGAUGAAAAAUAUAAAAAUGAAGAAAUAAAUGAAAAGCAUAUAAUAGAAAAAAUAGAAAAUGAAGAAAAGAAUAUGGAUAAUAAAAAGAUAUUAAAAUAUAAAAAUGAAAUAAUAGAUGAUAAGAAUAAGAAAAAAAAUAUAUGUUUCAAUUUAAAUGAUGAAAAGAAUAUAAAUUAUUACGAAAAAAUAGAAGAAAGUGAUAGUGUUAAUUUCUCCAAUUUCUUAACAAGUUAUGAUUUAUUUCAAAAAAUAGAUAAUUCCUUUCAAAUAAAUAAUUACAUUUUAAAUUAUAAUAUAUAUAAUGAUAUAAAUAAGAAACAUAAAAAAAAUAAAUUUUUAUUAAAAAAUAUAGUUUUAUUAUUAUGUUCCCAAAUUGAUAAAAGUUUAGAUGAAAUAAUUAAAAAGGAAAAUAAACUGAGAAAAAGUAAAAAUUCUUCAAUUUUGAGAAAAGAGGAAUUAAUCAAAGAAAUUAAAUUAAUAAAUGAAAAAAGUGAAAUUAGAAAUAUGAAUAUAGAUAAUUCAACAAAAAAUGAUAUAUAUCACUCUUAUGAGAACAAUAAAUUAUAUAAUGAUUAUUUAAUUUUUUAUGAUAUUGGUGUAUUAAGUGACAUAGUAAAUUUUACACAUUUUUCAAUAAAUAUUAAUAAGCAUACUUAUGAAUUAAUAAAAUCUAUAAAAAAAAGAUUAAUGGAAAUAGUGGAAAUUUAUAACUUUAAUAAGGGAGAAAAUCAUGAAAAAAAAAUGAGUGAACAUAUUAAAAUAAAAAAUAUUAGAACUUUUCAAUUGUAUAAUUUUUAUUGUGCUUGUAAAAAUUUUAGUCCAUCUUUUCUUUUUGGUUUUUUUGAUAUAUUGCUUAAAUUAACUCCCAAAAUAAAAAUUAUAGAUAUAGAUAAAAAUGAUUUAUUUAAUAAAAAAAUUAUGCAUAAGUUGGAAAGUUUAGAAACUUUUGAAAAAGUAUGGAAUAAAAAUAUAAGUAUUUCAUUUAUAGUUUCAUUGUUACAUUCACUUAAAAUAAUAAUAUCUUCUAAUUUAUUUCAUGCAAAUAAUUUAUUAAAUGAACAUAUUAAUAUUAUGGUUCAAUAUUCAUAUUAUGUAUUAUUAUAUUAUUAUUAUAACAAAUAUUUAAAAAAAAAUCUCAAAAAUUUUAACAAUGUGCAAAAUAAGAAAGAAGAACUCGGAGAUUAUAAAAAAAAUGAAAAAUUAUUUGGUAAUGACUUUAUUGAUGGAGAUUCACUUACUUAUCAUAAUUUAAAUGAAACAACAAAGAGAAAACAAAAUAUAAAUUAUUCAUAUGUUAAAGAUAAUAUAAAUUUAAAUGAAGAAAAAAGCAAAAAUAAAGAUUUUUCAAUAAAAGAAUUGCAUAAUAAUGGUCAAGAUACAUAUGAAAAUAAUGACAACAAUAAUUAUGAUAAGGAUAAUAAUUAUUUAGGGGAUUCUAAUUUAAAAGAGAAUAUUUUAAAAAGUUCAAUGAAUGAUGAAAAAGUCAAAAAUGAAAAUUUAGAGGAUUAUAAUUAUUACAAAAAUGAUUACAUCAACACUUAUAAUAGUGAUUCAUCAACAAUAUCCAGUAUAAUAAAAACAAGUAAGAAGAAUAAAAAGUUUUGUAUUUUUGAAGAAUUAUAUUUAGAAGAUUUAUGUAAUAUAUAUUUGUGUUUAUCAACAUCAUUGUAUUUUUUAAACAGAGCAGAAGAAAAGUCUAGUGAAAUAAAACAUUUAAUAUAUUUAGAAAAUAAAUUUUUAGAAUUAAUAUCAAAAGUUAAAUAUAUGAAAUAUUUAUCAGAUAAUUUUAUAUUCUUUUUAUUUAAAGGACCAUAUACUUAUAAAUUAGAACAAAAAUUUGAUAGCAUAAUUCCAUCAUUAAAAAUAAUAAAUAAAAAAAAAAAAAAAAAAACGGAAAUUCUUUCUUCUUUUACUUCAUCUCAGAAUAUUCAACUUCUUAGUUUACCUGCUGCUACUGCUUUCUUCUUAUGUAAAAUAAAAUUGUCUAUGUCUAAUGGGAACAAAGAAAAUAAUGUUUUAAGAAUUGAAAAUACAAAAAAAUUAUAUGAAAUUUUAAUGAAUGAUUAUAAAUUAUUAUCAAACUGCAUUGAACAACUAUAUAUUAAUAAAAGAAAUGAUGGUGAUAAUAUGAAGAAUUCGGUAGAUUAUGUAAAAGAUAAUAUUUUGCAAAAUCAAAGCGAAGAGGUAAAUAAUCCAUCAAUUAAAUUUAAUAAAAAUAAGUGUAAAUAUUCUCAUCUGCCAUAUUUUACUUCUAAUAAAAUUAGUAUGAAUGAAAAUAUUCAUUUUAUAAAUAUAAUAAAUGAUAUGUUCUUUGGAGUUCAUGAGGUGAAAACACUAUAUGAUUUGCAAAAUACAUUAUUAAAAACAGUAAAACAUUUAGAAACAGCACAAAUAAACUUAAAUGUUAAUCAUAAAUUUACUCAAAUUAAACCUAUUCAUAAUGAUGUUCUUAUCUGUUUAUCAGAGCUUUCAAAAGUUGUAAAAGAAUGCCUAUAUACAAUUUUUUUAUCACAACCAUAUAUUCAUAAAUCUCCCAAAAAAUAUUCAACUAAAAGACUAGUUAAUUAUUUUAUCAAUAAAUGUAAAUUUGUAAGAGAUUAUAAUAUUUUUGAUGAUUGCAAUAAUAAAUCAUUUAAUGAACUUAAAAAUCAUAAAUAUAUAACAAAUGAAAUUUGA